GAAUGAUUUUUAGAUGCUCUUUUCGCUUGACAACGCGCGCCGGCUGAUUUCCGAAGCCAAGGCGGAUUCGAAGCCAUCGCUGCGUCUUCCUUCUCCUCCUCCUUCCUACCACCCGAAACCCUAACCCUAAUUACUCCCCCAACUCUCCCCUCCGCUUCUCCUCGGGCUUCUAGGGUUUCCUCCAUCUCCGAUCUGGGGCUCCUCUUGUCCUCUUCCUCCUCCUCGGAGCCCUGAUGCUCCUUUACCCCCGCCGCCUCUCCGCUCGGAUCGUCGAUGGCGCUCGUUCCUGCGGCGGCGGCGGCGGCGGAGGCGGGUGCUCUGGUCGAAUCGGACCUCGGGGGCGUCUCUGCGGAGUCGCUCGCCGGGAUCCUCCACGCGCAGAGGGAGCUAUUCCACAGCCAGGUCGAGGAGCUCCAGCGGCUCGUCGUCGCCCAAUGCAAGCUCACGGGCGUCAAUCCCCUCGCGCAAGAGAUGGCUGCUGGCGCAUUGUACAUUAAAAUUGGAAAGAAGCCAAGGGAUUUGCUGAACCCGAAAGCAGUAAAAUACAUGCAGUCCAUCUUCUCUAUUAAGGAUACUAUUGGCAAAAAAGAAACUCGGGAAAUUAGUGCUCUUUGUGGUGUGACAGUGACACAGGUUAGAGAUUUCUUUACCAGUCAGCGUUCGAGAGUAAGAAAGCUUGUACACCUGUCACAUGAGAAAGCGACCAGAUUAGAGGUAUCCCACCAAUCAAGUAGUAAUGUAUGCUGCAUCAUCUCUGAUCAACCCCCUCCUAUUAGCAUAGAGCCACCUUUACAGACAGCUGAACCUCAGAAAGCUCUGGAACCAUCUGGGAUCCCCACAAACUCUGCUAUCAUUUAUGCUACUAGUAAAGAAAUCCAACAGGGCACUGAGCAUCUAGUUAAUGUUAAGGCUGUUGAGGGCAGCACGAAACAGGACACUGUUCCAGGUGAAGCUUUCCAUGGUGUUGACUCUGAAGACAAAACCUUUUUGGAUAGCGUUUUCAGUUUAAUGAGGAAGGACGAAACGUUCUCUGGUCAGGUCAAGCUGAUGGAGUGGAUUCUGCAUAUUAAUAACAUAGCGGUCCUCCAUUGGUUCGUAACAAGAGGCGGUCUCACCAUUUUAGCUACAUGGCUGAGCCAAGCAGCUGUUGAAGAACAAACUUCAGUGCUGGAUGUUAUUUUUAAGGUUCUUUGUCACCUGCCUCUGCAUAAAGCUUUGCCUGUAGAUAUGUCAGCUAUUCUCCAAACUGUCAACAGGUUGCGGUUCUAUAGGUCAUCAGAUAUAUCAAACAGGGCCAAAAUCCUCCUUAAAAGAUGGAGCAAGCUUUUACUUCGAAGUCAGGCUUUAAGGAAACCUCCUAUUAAUUCCCUCAAGGAAGUUCAGAAAGCUAUGAUCUGUAAACAAAGGAUUGGUGAAAUACUGAAGGAUGAAUUUUGGCAGAAUGACACUGAGAUUCCUGAAGAUAUUCUUGCCCUAACUGAAAAUACAGAGAAUAGCAGUGUAACAGAGCCCAAAAAGGCACUUAAGCUGCUCACAGCCUCUUCUGAUGAGUCAACUAAAAAGCAUGGUCUCACUGUCUCAUCAUCAAAAACCAAAGAACGCAGAAAAGUUCUGCUUGUGGAGCACCCAGAGCGUAAAAGUGCUGGUAGAAAUGUGCAGGUUGCGAGGGCAGUAUCGACAUGCAGUAGCCGCCCAUUAUCAGCGGAUGAUAUUCAGAAGGCAAAGAUGCGGGCAAUGUACAUGCAGAAUAAGUAUGGCAAGGCUGAUGCAUCUAAGAGCGAAAAUAACCUGCAGAAGACAGAAAACCCUAAAGUAUCUCCUACUUCUCCCAGCGCACACACUAUAAUGCCUGCUUUGAGAAUUUCUCAGCUACCGCCCCUAAAAAAGUCUGUUGAGAAAACUCCUUUGGCCACCACAGCUAAUCACCCUUGCCAUAAGCCGGAAAUCCCGGUUAAGCAGAAGCCUAUCUUGACUUCUCGAGAACACUUGAUGGAGAUGUUGAAGAGGAAUCAAAUUCGUUGGAGAACCCCACCAGAGGUCAGGAUUGACCCGGCGUGGAGAGUUGGCGCUGGAGAGAACAGCAAGGAGCUCCAAGUCCAGACCCAGAGGAAUCGGCGAGAGAAGGAAAUGUGCAAUCUUAACCUGCAGGAUAUCCCGCCAAAUCCGAAAGAGCCGUGGGAUACAGAGAUGGACUUCGAUGACAGCCUCACUCUGGAGAUCCCAACUGAGCAGCCACCUGAUGCCGAUGCCAUGGAAGAAGAUCUAGUUCCGCCUCCACCUCCAUCCAAUACCCAAAUCCUAACCGAGGCCUCUCCUCCGGAUCCCACCCCCUCGGUGUCUCCGCCGGCUUCCGGUGAGGGGGCUGGUCCUCCAGGACCAGACCUUGAGCUGCUUGCUGUGCUGCUGAAAAAUCCAGAGCUGGUAUUUGCCUUAACAUCAGGGCAGGGAAAGAGCCUGCCCAGUGAGCAGACGGUGGCACUGCUCGAUUUGCUAAAGAGGAGCGGGGUUGGGUUAGCAGAAUUGGUGAAAGGAUCGGUCAAUGGCUCUGAAGAGAAGCCCAAAGAACCUCAGCCUGUGCCUGUGCCUGUACCAGCACCAGUGCCGAUCCCUCAGCUUAAGCAUGAGACUAAGCCCGAGCCAAUUCCCACUUCUCUUCCAUCACCUACUCCCCCAUCGGACCCUGCUGAGAGGAUUAAUUGGAGGUCGGAAUUCCCAACCCCCAUGAGGACUCCGGCGUUACAACCUCAUUUACCCAUCAUUAGAGGUGGUACGGCCAUCUCCAAUACCGCUGGGCCGCCUCCUCGCACCCACUCGCCUGUUGUGGCCCCUUCCCUGGUUGAUAAUUUUAGUAAUGCUCGGACCACCAGUUUAUCGAUGCCUCAGCUGUCGGGCAGCAUUAACCCCUCACAUCAGCACCGUCCCGCGCAUGAUAUCCUUCCAAAUCGACAGCGGGAUCCUUCCCUCCAUCAGAAUCCAGCCUUUACUGGUGAUGUUUUGUCCUCUCGGCAUCAGUUGGUUAGCAAUAUCCCGACCGCCUCGGUCCGUUCUAUGUCACCCGCAUUGAACGCGACCAAAUCGAUGCCGCAGUCUGAACCUACGGCCUUCCCGCCGAGAGUCCCCUCGUGGCAGUCCACUGGUGCUACUUCUGCAUGGCGGGGCCCGCAGAGCAACUUACCGGAUGUUCCCGACCCCACCCCGCGUUUGCCGAUGAGCCAAAAUGGAUACAAUAAUUCUUAUUCAAACGGCGCUAUGCCAGCCCACCGUGUUGCUUUUCCGGGCCGGGAUGAGCCCAUGUUGGACUCAUGGAGUCCACAUGGUAGCCCCCGGUCGGAGUUUAGGGCCGGAUGGAACCCAACGGAGCAAAGAAUGAAUGAUGGCCGGAGUUAUAGGCCCGAAUCGUCUCGGCAGUGGAAUCCUGGGAAUCGGGAUCAGUACAGGUCUGGUAGCAGCAGGAGAUGGCGAGAUCGUGAUAGGAGAAGAUGAUGCUCUUUGUGUAUGGGUGUAAGAAAUUUUUUUUUUGGGAGUUUCUCCUUUUCGAGGGGGAAGAGGAACUGCAGGAUUGAUUUGUUGGAGCAAAUAGAAGCGUGAUCAGGCCGAUUAAGUCGGGUUUCAAUUGCAGGGGGCCUUGCUAAAAGAUAAAUGAAAUUAUAAAAUGAAUUAACAAAUAUUUUAAAUCACUCCAGAUCUAUGCAUACUAAAUUGACUA